AUGUUGUUGUCCGUGUUGCCCUGGCUCCUCCCGUCGGCGCUCGCCGCGCAGCCCGCAGCCCCAGCUCCCAUCUCCGCUCCCCUACGUGACCUUGAGAUUGGCCAACUCAAUUUUCUGCAUACAACGGAUACCCAUGGCUGGCUGGCAGGUCAUCUGCAGGAGCCGUCGUUCUCCGCUGACUGGGGUGACUACAUAUCGUUUGCCUCUCGCAUGAGAGAAAAGAUCGAGGAGCAAGGUCGAGACCUGCUAGUUAUCGAUACGGGCGACCGGGUGGAAGGAAAUGGUCUUUAUGACUCGUCCAAGCCCAAGGGCAUCUAUUUGUCGGAGAUUCUCCGUCAUCAGCAUAUAGACGUGAUCACCUCCGGGAAUCAUGAGCUCUACCAACAUAACACAUCAGAGGCUGAAUUCCUGACGACGGUCCCGAACUUUCGAGCUAGCUAUCUAGCAUCUAAUAUCGAUAUCUAUCACCCCGUCACCUCCGAGCUAGUACCGCUAGCUCCACGCUACAGAAAGUUCACAACCAAGAACCAAGGCAUCCGUAUCGUCGCUUUCGGAUUUCUUUUUAAUUUCAACGGGAACUACAAUAACACGGUUGUACAGCCCGUAGAAGAGACCAUCAAGCAAGCCUGGUUCCAGGAGGCCAUCCAGAUGACGGAUGUAGAUCUAUUCUUAAUUGCUGGACAUGUGCCGGCCCACUCUAGCGAAUACCGAGCCAUCUACAGAGAGAUCCGCAAGUUUCGCUGGAGUACACCCAUACAGUUUUUUGGAGGACAUGAGCAUAUUCGUGAUUACGCGCAAUAUGAUUCCAAAGCCGUGGCUCUAGCCAGUGGGCGGUUCAUGGAGACCAUUGGCUUCAUGUCGAUCGACGGCCUCUCCACCAGCAAACAGCCAGAUACAUCAUCGAACCCAGUCUUCAAACGACGCUACAUCGAUAAUAAUCUGUUCUCCUUCUACCAUCACACCGGCCUCGAUCACGACUCAUUUCCCACUGAAAAAGGUCGCAAUGUGUCGCGACUGAUCACAGACGCUCGAAGGGCUCUUCGUCUCGAUACGGUCCAUGGAUGCUCACCACGGAACCUCUGGAUGUCACGUGUGCCUUAUCCUCAUGCAGAUAGCAUUUACUCCUGGCUAGCGAAGGAAGUCCUGCCAGAUUCACUCAAAGAUGAGAAUCGUGGGAGUGUCCCCGCGGUAGCGAUUUUGAACACGGGCGGGAUCCGCUUUGAUGUCUUCAAAGGUCCUUUUUUCCAGGACACGGCCUUCAUUAUAUCUCCUUUCAGCAACAAAUUCCGCUACGUGAAGAAUGUUCCUUACGAGAAGGUCCAGCUAAUCAUUGAAGUCCUGAACAAGCAAAAGAAGGUCCUUGGAGCACCUCGCGAAGACGUAGCUUCGCUGGAUUCCUUGGCUCCGCCGGAGAAGCUCUCGCAUUCUAGUGGGGCCCUGUCGGAGCAAGAAUCCAUGGCUGCUGUCUAUGGCGUUGCAUCUCACCAGGUUCCCUUGAUUAGUCGUCGAGAUGACGAUAGCAUUAUCCCAGGAUACACAACCAAAGAUGAUGCAGGCACAGACGGAGAUGACACCAUUCAUUUUCCCGUAUCAUAUUACGAGGUACCCAAUGUUUUCCAGGCUUUGCUUUCCGCCGAUGAAAGUUCCCCGCCGGAAACUGUGGAUCUGGUCUACAUUGAAUUUGUUGAGCCGUACUUGGCAUUAGCUGCCAAAUUUGCUCGUCUAGACGCCGACAUCCCCAAGGAAAGCGAAGAAUACAUGCCCUCUAUGGGCAUGACAGAACUUAUCAUUGACUGGGUCCAGAAACACUGGAAAUGUGAAUAG